CUUAAGGCGAAAGAACUGCGAACAAAUUAAAAAGUGUUAUUCAAGUGAAAAAAUUAAAGUUAAAAAGUGUAAAAAUAUGUUCGCGAAAUUGUGCAUUGUCCUGCUGUUGGCAGUUGGUCUUAGCCAGGCCGAAAUUAAAUACUUGCCCGAUGGUGGCCUACUGCAAUUCAUGAUGCAAUCGCGUGACCUCAGUCUGGGCAAUCCCGAGUGCUUUGUGUACUAUGUCCCCGUGUUGAACGAUAUUGUCAAUCAGUACCAAAAGGACUACGAACUGUGCCUGGAGAAUGCUGAGGCAGCACGACAGGGCAUUGAUGACACCACGGCUGCCAAUCGCACUGAGAUCGAUAACUCGGCCUCGAAUGCCUGUUCCGCAUUGAAAGAGUGUAGUGCUGAGAAGUCUGCUCUCGCUUAUUUCGAAUGCUAUGUGAAUGCGGGCUCCGAAAAUGCCAAGUCCAUGUAUACGAUUUCUGCAAAUUCCGCUGAGCUGUUGGCCCAAGUGCAAGAGGACUAUCGUCUGAUUCAGGUCAAUGAAUUUGCAUGCACUAACAAAUCGGAACGUGCCUAUGUGGAAAAUACAGCAGCGGCCUAUGCCGAUCUAGAUGAUUGCUUGAAGGGUAUCAAGCCAGUACCGACUGCAUCCCCUGAUACGACUACUUCAACAACAACUUCAGGAUCAACUGAAGUUGACACUUCCAGCAGCACCAAUUCUGAACCCAUAACAUCUGAAUCCACAAGCACCACACCUGAUAGCUCCACCAGCAGCGACGCUCCCGAAGAGAGCUCUUCCAGCAGCGCCGCUCCUGAAAUCCCCACCAGCAGCGACGCUCCCGAAGAGAGCUCUUCCAGCAGCGCCGCUCCUACAAUCCCCACCAGCAGUGCCAAUCCUGAAGUCCCCACCAGCAGCGACGCUCCUGAAGAGAGCUCUUCCAGCAGCGCCGCUCCCGAAGAGAGCUCCCCGAUUAGUACAGAAGCUCCUGCAUCGUCAACCACAUCUAACCCAGAAAGAGAACAAAUGCCCGAAGAAGAUUUGCGAGCAGCCAGUAAUGCCGAUAUCAAAUCCAUCAUUGACAACUUGAAGAACUGGUUGAAACGCCACUAAAUUUAUGAAAAUGGUGUAUAAAGAACUUAAAAAACACAAGCUUUAAAAUUCCUGAUAAGGAAAAAAAGAAAUUUAAAAAAUAUAUUAUCAGUAUUUACUGUAUUGUAUUAAAAACA